CGCGCGCCUCCCCAGGCGCCCCAGACGAUUGCCGAGCGGUCGAUCCCCUCGCUCCCGCUGCGCGCCCGCUGGUGGCUCCACCUGCCAUUGUAGGCCAAUAAUCCGAUAUGGAGCAUGCCUUUACCCCGUUGGAACCCCUGCUUCCCACUGGAAAUUUGAAAUUCUGCCUUGUGAUUUUGAAUCAGCCUUUGGACAGGAUUUUUCGUCAUCUUUGGAGCAAAGCUCUUUUAAGAGCCUGUGCUGACGGAGGUGCCAACCGCUUGUAUGACGUCACGGACGGAGAGAGGGAAAGCUUUUUGCCUGAAUUCAUCAGCGGAGACUUUGACUCUAUCAGACCCGAAGUUAGAGAAUACUAUGCUGCUCAGGGAUGUGAGCUCAUUUCCACGCCCGACCAAGACGACACCGACUUCACCAAGUGCCUCCAGGUGCUCCAGACGAAGAUAGAGCAGAAAGGCCGGCAGGUGGACGUGAUCGUGACUUUGGGAGGACUGGCCGGGCGUUUCGACCAGAUCAUGGCGUCCGUGAGCACCUUGUUCCAAGCGACUCGCAUCACCCCUGUGCCCGUCAUGAUCAUCCAGGAGGAGUCUCUCAUCUACCUGCUGCACCCAGGCAAGCACAGGCUGCGCGUCGACACCGGGCUGGAAGGUGACUGGUGUGGCCUCAUCCCCGUGGGACAGCCCUGCCAUCGGGUCACGACCACGGGCCUGAAGUGGAACCUCACCAAUGACAUGCUCAGUUUUGGGACACUGGUGAGCACCUCCAACACCUACGACGGAUCGGGGGUGGUGACUGUGGAAACGGACCACCCGCUCCUCUGGACCAUGGCCAUCAAACACUGACCUCUGGCUGACCUUGCCGCCCAACGGCGGCCUCCUCGGGUGGCGGGCAUCGAGGCCUCAUGGGGACCCCGCUAGUUCUAAAGGUGUCAAUGUUCAGAUGAUUCAGGUAACAAAUGGCAGACCUUAGUUUCAUAGCGAGGGGGAAAAUCAUUAUUUUUCAGAAAAUAAAUAAACUCUACUACAUUCCGCUGGAAAA